UGCUCCAGUUGCUCUGCGAACCAUGAAAGCAAUCGGAAUCCUGCUGGCGAUCGCCUUGACCUCCGGGUUCCUGGUGGUCUCCGCCGUAAACUUGCCGGGAGUGCCCGUGGACUUCGACCUGGACGACCACAUCCUGUCCGCCAUUGCAGACGACAUAGCCGAGCGUCUGGCCAGGGAGUACAUCACCUUCCUGAAGACCGGAGUGGAGACGGCGGAGUUCUUGAAGCUCACCAAUCAGCUGGCCAAGUCGCACAGUGAGAAGGAUAUAUUCACCAGGAACAUGCCCGAUCUAGAGCCCAGGGAUAGCUUCUUUGCGUGCGUGGCCUGUCGCUCGGUGACGCGGGUUUUGAUUCGCACCAUUCGCGAGGAGGACGGCGAGCUCCACGGGGAGAAUAGCUCCGUUCUGAUGAAGGAAUUCGCUAUGGACGUGUGCCGCCGCUUGAAUCUGCAAACGGAGGAGGUCUGCGAGGGAUUGAUCGAUUCCAACCUGCCCUCCGUGGAGUACAUCAUGAGGAACUCCGAGAGUGAUUCCCAGAGCUUCUGCUCCUUGUUCAUGGAGUUUAACUUCUGUAACACCGGUACAAAUCAAGAUUACAAUUGGACCUUGACUAUAGACAAUACUGGAGAGGCUUCGGCUGGCCCCAAGUCGGACACUCCCACCUUUCAGGACUCGGACAUCAGGAUCUGCCAGUUCUCCGACAUUCACCAUGAUCCCUACUACACCCCCGGCAGCCUGGCCACUUGUGCGGAACCCAUGUGCUGUCAGAGGAACAAGGAGACCACCGAGGGUACGUCGGAUGCAGCUGGAUACUGGGGCGACUACCGGGACUGCGAUCUGCCUUGGCACGCCUUCGAGUCAGCCUUGGACAACGCGGUGGCCAACUCCAAGUGCGACUUCAUUUACCAGACUGGCGACAUAGUGGACCACAUGGUGUGGGCCACUUCCGUGGAGAAGAACACCAUGGUGCUGACCAAGGUCAGUGAGCGGCUAAACGCGGCCUUCGGAGAUGUACCCGUAUAUCCCUGCAUCGGAAACCACGAGCCUCAUCCACUCAACCUCUUCAGUCCCGAGGGCGUUCCAGAUGAGAUCAGCACCAAGUGGCUCUAUGAGCACCUGUACAACGAUUGGUCCAAGUGGCUGCCGGCUGAAACCAAGGAAACCAUCCUUAAAGGAGGUUACUACACGGUGGUGCCCAGGAAGGGCUUCCGUAUCAUCGCUCUAAACAGCAACGAUUGCUAUACGGACAACUUCUGGUUGUAUCACAGUGGCACGGACAAGAUUCCCCAACUCCAGUGGUUCCACGAUACCCUGUUGGAGGCCGAGAAGAACGGGGAGUAUGUCCACGUGCUGACCCACAUUCCUUCGGGCGAUGGAACCUGCUGGUCCGUUUGGGCUCGGGAAUUCAACCGCUGCGUAUCCCGCUUCAGGUCCACAAUCAGUGGCAUUUUCACAGGACACUCGCACAAGGACGAGCUAUUCGUUUACUACUCGGAGGAUGAAGGACACCCCACCGCAGUGGCGUGGAACGGAGGUGCUGUUACCACCUACUCCAACAAGAACCCCAACUACCGAGAGUACGCCGUCAAUCCCGAAACUUACACUGUGACCAACCACUGGACGUGGAUUUACAACCUGACUGCUGCCAAUCUGAAGCCAGAUGAACAGCCCGAGUGGUUCCUGGAGUACGAGUUCAUCAAGGAGUUCACGGAAGAUAUGAGUCCGGCCGGAAUCAGCAAGCUGCUCGAUGAGUUCGCCGAGAAUCCCGAAUUGAUGAGAAAGUACUGGCGCUACCGAGUGACCUCAGCAGAUCCCCAGGUGAAUGGAGGUUGUGAUCGCAGCUGCUUGGCAGGAUCUCUUUGCCGAGCUGCUGUGACCAUCAAUUCCGAGCGAGAACGCUGCGAGGAGCUGCGUGAGAAGUUGUUUGCCUCGCUGGACAAUGAGGAGAGCACAUCGUCGUCGGGAAGCACUGAAGCCACCACCCCAAGUCCCAGCACCCCAGGGGGCAACGAUGACAACGACGGUGGAGGAUCCUCCACUUUGGGACUGCUCAGCGUUAGCUCCCUGCUGGCUAUAGUCCUCUCCAUCCGCCUAGCCUUGUAGUAAUCCUCAUUUGUACCCCCUAAGUUAUAUAAACCGAAUGGAUUCCAUUCUAAAAGUAACCGCUCUCAAGUGGCAAAUAGAAGUAUGCGCUUAUCCCUAUCG